AUGGGGACUGCAGCUGCGGCAGCGGCGACGGCGGCGGCCGGGGAGGGGGCGCGCAGCCCGAGCCCCGCCGCUGUGUCGCUCGGCCUGGGCGUGGCCGUCGUCUCAAGCCUGGUGAAUGGGUCCACGUUCGUGCUGCAGAAGAAGGGCAUCGUGCGCGCCAAGCGGCGAGGUACCUCCUAUCUAACAGACAUUGUCUGGUGGGCCGGCACCAUUGCAAUGGCUGUUGGCCAGAUUGGAAACUUCCUGGCUUACACGGCAGUCCCCACGGUCCUGGUGACUCCCCUGGGUGCCCUUGGAGUGCCGUUCGGGUCCAUUUUAGCUUCUUACCUUCUGAAGGAAAAGCUCAACAUCUUGGGCAAGCUGGGGUGUCUGCUAAGCUGCGCAGGUUCCGUCGUGCUGAUUAUCCACUCCCCGAAGUCUGAAAGCGUGACGACCCAGGCGGAGCUGGAGGAGAAACUGACCAAUCCAGUGUUCGUGGGCUACCUGUGCAUUGUCCUGCUCAUGCUUCUGCUGCUUAUCUUCUGGAUAGCGCCGGCCCAUGGGCCCACCAACAUCAUGGUCUACAUCAGUAUCUGCUCCUUGCUGGGCAGUUUCACCGUGCCUUCCACCAAGGGCAUCGGGCUGGCGGCCCAAGACAUCUUGCACAACAACCCGUCCAGUCAGAGAGCCCUGUGCCUGUGCCUGGUGCUCCUGGCUGUGCUUGGCUGCAGCAUCAUCGUCCAGUUCAGGUACAUCAACAAGGCCCUGGAGUGCUUCGAUUCCUCGGUGUUUGGGGCUAUCUAUUAUGUCGUGUUCACCACGCUGGUCCUGCUGGCCUCAGCCAUCCUCUUCCGGGAGUGGAGCAAUGUGGGCCUGGUGGACUUCUUGGGGAUGGCCUGUGGAUUCACAACUGUCUCCGUGGGGAUUGUCCUUAUACAGGUGUUCAAAGAGUUCAAUUUCAACCUUGGGGAGAUGAACAAAUCUAACAUGAAAACAGACUAGGAUGCAACAGGAGGUUGGGUGGCUCGAGGAAUGGGCAUUGGAGGUGGUUUCUGAUCCUGCCUGGAAGUGAAGUAGAAGAGACCCUCGAUCACUAAUGUUAGAGUUGCCUGUAUACUAACAAGUGGGCCAGUGGACACGGGGGAGCGUGGCUUGGCACCAGAGCGGGGGCCCAGCCCUCUGCAGCCCAAAGUCCCCCAAAGUUGCCUGGGUGCCAUCUCUCUCUGAUGAGACGAAUCUCAUUUUCAUUUCCAUUAAUCUGGACGCUUUCAUGAAUAUUCUUUUAAAACAUUUUCACAUUAUUUAAAC